AUGUUGAUCGUAUCCUGGUCCGCCUAUAGCGGUAUCCAGAAGCAAUUCAAUUCUGCGACGUACAAAGGACCGCGGGCAUCAGCCCUGGAUGGGAAGUUUUUCGGAGUCUUGCGGAAGCAGCAGGAUGGACCACUUCUUGUGAUUCUUGGCUUCUCGCAAUCCAUGCUUGGCUGGUAUAUGACACAACCAUCGAGAGACACCUUCUCUGGUAUGGGGGUUUGGGCCGCGACCACCACCAAUAAUGAUUAUGUCACUCGCAUGCGAGGUUUGAGGGUACUCGGUCUUGACUAUUCACACCGCAAGGAGCUUAUCGCAGGCAACCUCGGCGAAUAUAUUGCUUCACAAUUUCGCGAAUCCGCCGAGCGCGUCGGCGACGAUGCGGUUGACUUUGACGAAGCGUAUGAAGCUCAUUCUAUGAAAGCAUUCCCGAGCAUCAGCUCUUUCCUCUAUGAAACAAUGCACGAGCUGCCUCAGAUUGCUUUCAUGCUGAGCGCCGUGCGAAAACCAACGACGUCUGGAUUGUUUCAUCUUGCUGCAAUAUUUGCCGGCGUACACAAUAUAUAUGAGCUCAAGAACGUGCGGAACAAAGUGGUGGAUGGCACAGAACAGUUCCCCGAGAACUAG